UUUAAACCAUUUCAAUUUUAAUUCCUAAAUUUAAACCUACACGCUGUCCCGCUCACUUCACUCUCUCUGCCUUUUCUUCUAGAUAAAAAAAGAAUUCCUUCUUUUCUUCCUUCCGAGCUCUAAGCCAUGUUCUUGGAGCUUAGGAUAGGAUAAUAGAUCAGGUUUUGCCUUUCUAGCUUCAUUUUAGUGCUCUGUGUUGUAAUUUCCAAGACUUGCAAUUAUGAGGAAAGAAAAUGUAGUUUCUGCUAAUAGUGGAGAAUUUAAUCGUCGACUCACACGUGCUCGAGCAGCUGCAUUGUGUGCUUCUCGACAGUUGCCUCUGAAGGCACCUACUCAACCAGAUCAGAAACGGGUUUUGCGAGCAAAUACAAAAAGAACAGCCUCAGAUGGAAACAACACCAAUGCAGCAGAGAAUGCAGGUCAUCAUUGUAAGAAGAGAGCAGUGCUUCAGGAUGUCACGAAUGUUUGCUGUAAUAAUUCGUAUAGAAUGUGCAUUAAUGCGACCAAAAUCCAGUCUAAGAGCAGCAAGAAGACUAGAAAGGUACAGGCCACUGCAUCCAAAGUGGCCCCAGAUGUAGCACAUCAAGUCCUGCAAACUGAAGCUAAGUUACUGAAAGAAGGCAUUCAAGAGACUGAAAAAAUAGAUCCUAAAUUAGAAGUUACAUGUUUAGUUAGUGUCAGAGGAGAUCAUACUUUUCCGUUAAAUAGCAUAAAGGAGGAGAGCAUACAUUACCACUGGUUUGCAAAUCAAAAUUCCACAAUGCCUUUACGAUCCCAAAGUCCUCCAAGAAACGCCAAGAAGGUUAGCUUUUCUGGGACCUCUACAACAUCUAGUGAACCAGACUUUAAGGACAUUGAUUCAGAUAAGAAGGACCUUCAGUUGUGCAGUCUCUAUGCCCCCGAAAUCUACAACAACUUGCGUGUUGCAGAGCUUGUUCGCCGGCCUUGUCCUAAUUUUAUGCAGACAAUACAGCAAGAUAUCACUCAAAGCAUGCGGGCAAUUUUGGUUGAUUGGCUUGUGGAGGUAUCUGAAGAAUAUAAGUUGGUCCCUGACACACUAUACCUAACAGUGUAUUUAAUUGAUUGGUUUCUCUCUCAAAACUACAUAGAAAGGCAGAGACUUCAACUUCUUGGGAUCACCUGCAUGCUGAUAGCCUCCAAGUAUGAGGAAAUAUGUGCACCACGUGUAGAGGAAUUUUGCUUCAUCACUGACAACACUUAUGUUAGAGAGGAGGUGCUAAAAAUGGAGAGUCAAGUAUUGAAGUAUAUUGGAUUUCAACUAUUUGCACCUACUGCAAAAACUUUUCUCAGGAGAUUUCUGAGAGCAGCACAAGCUUCUUACACGACUCCUAGUUUAGAACUGGAAUACUUGGCAAAUUAUCUAGCAGAACUGACUUUGAUUGACUAUGGUUUCUUAAAUUUCUCUCCUUCUAUGGUGGCUGCAUCUGCUGUAUUUCUUGCGAGAUGGACUUUGGAUCAAUCAUGUCAUCCAUGGAAUCCAACUCUUGAACACUAUACCACGUACAGCGUAUUGGAUCUAAAAACCACAGUUCUCUUAUUGCAAGAUUUACAGUUGAACACCAACGAUUGCUCUCUAUCUGCUAUCCGUGUGAAAUAUAGACAACAAAGGUUCAAAUCUGUGGCAAGCUUUUCCUCUCCGAAACUGCUCGAAACACUAUUCUAAAUACAAAUGGCUACUUCCAGAUGACUUCCACGAGCGGUUAGCAAAUAAACAUAGUUUUCAGGAGGAACUUUGCCAUUUCUGAUGAGGUUUACCUAAUACCUAAUGUUCAUAUUCUAAUCUCUUCAUUUAUGUUUAUUACUAGUGCUUAGUAUUCCUCAAAAUUCUGUCCAUAGAUACUUACAUACUCUCAGGUUUUGGGUCUUCCAAAACUGUAUCUUUGUAAGGUUAGAACCAAGUUCAGGUUUUAAAUAUCCAAUAACUGUUGAUAUUCUUAGUUUCUUAAAUUUAGAACUAGCAUAACUUUAUGGUGACUUUGAUUAGUUUGUAAUGUUUGUUUGUAAGAGAGGAGAAAAACUGUAACCGGCUAAAUGUAAUGUUGGCAGACGAAGCCUCUGAAUGGAAAGAGCUGCUGUUUCUUUCUAA